AUGGCACCAUCCACGAGUCUUGCAGUGAAAGGUCUGCUCCCCUUUGGAGCGCUCCCCUCGAGCAGCGUCGCGCAGAGGCCGGUGUCCGUGACCGCCUCACUGGAGCACAAGACGAGCGAUUAUAAGAGGAAGCUCCUAAAGCUUGCACUCGGAGGAGUCGGUCUGCCCGCCUUGUUGAGUGCCAAGAAGGCUUUCGCCGAUGACCAGGGCGUCUUUUCCUCUAGGAUGUCUUACUUGAGCUGGUUUCCUCCCUGGCCUUACUGCUGCUGCUGCUGGAUGCUUCCCCGUCCCCUUCACCUACAGUGCUAUAUUGCAUCACUGAUCUACACUGUUUGUUUGUCACCCAUUCAGCUUACUUAUUGGGGCAUCUUUCUUGUGUCGCUGUUGCAUCUGGCAGAGCUGCCGUUGAGGCCCCAAAAGGUAACCUUCAUCAGCCACAACCCCACAACAAUGGCUCAAGGUUCUGUGCCCCAUCACCCCUCUUUCUAA